UCUCCACAUUUAGUCGGGUCUAAGUUUUGACAAAUAUCGUAGUCUUUCAAAACAAUUACAUUGAAAUGCCUCUUGAAGUAAACGGUGUCGAAAAUCUUGAUAAAAGUAAAGAUGUCGGAUUAUCGUUUACCAAAGGUGGUGUUUUUGGAUCAGCUUCAGUGGAAGGGUAUAGAGAUGGCGGUAAUUUACCAAAACACACUGGCCCGUCUUACAGCGCGGCUUCUGCAAGCCUCGGUAUUAACAAGGAUGGCCACAGCGCCGCUGUAACCGCGGCGCACCGGCCAGAUUUCGGUAACCAAGUAACCGCAGCUGGUAACCUUAACGUCCUAAACAAAGGUGACCAUAAAAUCGACGUCAACGCCUUUAGCACGAAGAAUUUCCCGAUAGGACCAACCCCAAACUACUCUACUCAUGGAGCUGGUGUGAAUUAUCAAUACAAAGACGUCGCUCACGCUGGUGCGUCUGUAGCUCGCAUACCAAUCGCGCAAAGAACCGAUUACUCUAUUUCCUCAGGGAUGAAGCUUCACCAAACUCCAACAUCUUCCUUCAGUAUUAACGUUGGUGCUUCGAAGACCAACGCGCCGUAUAGCAAAGGCAACUGGGCACCUAAUGCUUUUGCCCAUUAUCGAAGGGAUUUUUAAAUAAUGUUGCCAUAUAUGUCGAUACGAACCUUUAUUAAUCAGUCUUUGUAUUUUAAAGGCCGAAUACUGAAACGACAUUUUAAUCUGCAAUAGAGUUGUAUAAUGAUGUUAAAACUUCGAAUUCUAAUGUUUUGGCAUUUUUUACGAUUGUAAACGGCGCUUACGAAACAAAGUAUUAAAAAUUCGUGUCAAUAUUCUGCUUUAAGUAAAUAAAUAUUCAGACAAAUGUA